GUUGAGAGCUCCGGUCUCGCCGCCCCGAGCGGCGCCAGCGCGAACCGCAGCGCGCUGUUCCAGGGCUGCGCGGCGGGGACGCGCAAGUUUCAAAGCUUCAAAGAGGCGAAGGCGAAGGCUUCGGAUUCGGCGGCGGACAAGUCGACGUCGGAGUUGAGCUGCGCUGGCACCGUGUUGCGGGACUACUCGGCCCAGGGGACCUACCAGGAGACCUGCUGCCCGGAGGGUAGCUUUGCCUGUGCCGGGUGCGCCAAAUUGAGUGGCUCCAGCUGCUCCCAGUGCGGCGGGGGCUUCCUCAUGCGUAGUAGCGCGUGUACCUCGUGCGCCUCAGUUGCCGGGUGGGUGAGCCGCCAGGGGCUGACCUGUGCGCAGCUUGGGACAAACGACUGCGACGACGUCAAGGUGAAGGGCCUCAGCAGCAACGAGGCCUGCUGCAAGUGCGGGGGUGGCCACGUGACGGCCACGCCCUUUAGCUACGAGGUGAAGCACUGGGCGCUGGGCAGCACGGUGUCCUUGGCGCCCUCCCCACGCACCGCGCAGCGCUACUCCUUGAACGAGGGCUGCGAGCUGGCGGACUACAAUCUCACCAUGGAUGGAGCCACGGGGGUGAUCUCCAGCGUGGGCUCGUCUCCACAGGAGGCCUUCAGCCUGGAGUGCACCGUGACGGCGCACCAGGCGCCGGGGGUCACCUUCGAGGCGCCGGUGCGGGUGGCUAUGGACUGGUUCGCGUACGGGGUGCCGCUGCUGCUGUUCCCGAAAAGCUCCCCGCCCACCUUCCAAGCGAUGAAGGCCGCGGGCACUUGGGAGAACUUCCAGGUGACCUGUGCGCCGUCCACGGCGUGGCUGGUGGUGAACGCUGCGACGGGGGACCUCACCCGCGGUACGAGCACUGCGGCCGGGGCUGUUGGCACGGAGGACGUCACCAUGACCGGGCAGACUGGGGGUGUUUGCGUGGUCACGGCCCAGCACAUGCCGGUGGGCACGGUGAAAUGGCAGCAGAGGACAACUAAGGUGGUGGCGCUGUGGCCGCAGCCCUGGGCCUCGCUGAGCUACGAGGCGCCUGGGGUCUCGGUGACGCUGGGGGAGCAGCUGCCGGUGCUGAAGCCUGUGGUGCCCUCCGGAGAGGGCUUGCUGAAGCCAUCGGACUUCUACGUGGCGUGCACUCCCACGCACAGCUUGGGCUGGGCCUACGACGAGUUGCUGGGCGCAGGGCUGCUGGAGGGCUACAGCCUGUUGGAGGUGAGCGCGGAUGGCGAGAUCCUCAUCUCUCCCCCCCGGGCCAUGUCGGCGAUCUUCGACGCCCUCACCAGCACCGGGGGCACACGGAAGAAGGUGAGCCUCUCCUGCUCUGUCUUCGGCACCUUCCCCGACCAGUCCUUGAGCCCUGUGGUGGCCAGCCUCUCUAUCGACGUCCUGGACGAUGUGUGCUGGGUCCCGAAGAGUUUCAGGGACACCCCGACGGCCGACCCCGGGUCCACGUCGGAGGUGCAGUGCCGCCAGAGCUGCCGCCAAGACGCCCACUGCUCCAGCUUCAAGUGGACCGGCUCCACCUGCCAGCGCUACGUGAACGCCGCCGUGGCGCCCGGCAACACUGUGACGGCCAUGGCCAAGGUGACCGACUGCACUGCCGAGGCUGUGUGCAUGGAGGUGAACACCGGCACCUGGUACCAAAGUGGUCUGUAUUGCCCCGUGGCUCCAGACCUUUUCCGGAAUGAUGUUCUCUACCUCAAGGAAGGGUUGACGCCGGAGGAGACCUUGUACCUCUCCCGCUACGUGUCGGCGGUGGACGGCGCCAUCUCCGGGUGCAGCGACGGCCAGUGGAUCUUGCGCCAAGCCAAGCCGAAGAAGGACUACAUCUUGGCCGAUGCGGGACAUGUGGAAUUGGCCGGGCCCAAGGUGGCCUGCAUGGGCGACUCCAGCGUGAGCUUCGGCGUUGCCAGCUGCUCCCAGCCCAACAUCAGCAGCCCCGAGGAGGGCGUUCCGCCCAUGCUGGUGGACGAUCCCUUCACUUCGCAUAUGUAUGACUUCCACCUCCACCCCUGCGAGUGUGCGCCAGAGGCCUGGGGCAUGAACAAGCCGGUGAACCCCGAGAGCUUCGAGUCGGUGCCCUCGAAGAGCCAGAACCAGUUCGUGCCCCCCGCCUUCGAGCUGGUGGCGGGCCAGUUCGUGUGCCCGGCGCGGUACCUGCUGGAUGCGGGGGUCUUCUUUGAGACGGACACGGAGGCCAUGGAGCGCUCGGAUUGCGAGGCCCACUGCAAGGCCGACGUGACCUGCGAUUUCUUCUGGCAGGGCAACCAGCAGGGCUCCAACACCUGCCGGCUCUACAGCGCCUGCCCCCACCUGGUCCGCGAGCUGGGCCUGGACGGAAAGCUACACGCACUGCCGAGGAGCCAGCUGUGUCAGGUGGCGGACCCCGAGGCCUGCUUUGCCACGACUCUGCGACGCGGCGGGCUGGCGGGCAUCGACUGGAGCUACUCCUACUCGUACUGGAAGCUGCACCAGCAGUGUGACGAGGCCUUGUUGCUGGGCGGCGGGGGCGUUGAGACAUGUGCCAAGCCCACCUACCGCCCCAUCACCUCCCACACCUGGCUCCACAAGCGGCCUUUGCCCGAGAGCUUCGUGCACGGCACCCGCCUGGACGUGAGCUGCUGGUAUGAGCGAUACAGCCCCGUCAACAAGGACCCCAACGGAAACGGAAUCAGCGUGUACUGCGUGAACGGGAAGUGGUUCAACUACCGGAACGAGCCGGAGCUGGGCACCUUCUCCUGCGAGGCCUGCGUGCAGGUGGGGAGCACCGGCUACAAGGACUUCGAGAUGAGGAACGAGCAGGAGCUGUGGUUCUUCAACCGCAUGCAGCUCAAGCUCUUCACGGAGGUAUUGGACAACUCCCAGACUCAGGUCCACUGCCUCAAGUUCGGCUCCGGGGCCACGGACCUGGUGCUCACGCAGCAGAGCUCCUGCGGCAACGCCGUGCAGGCGGAGUUCCUGGGCAUCACCAGCGCCCCGGCUUGA